CAGCAGGUUUCAUGCAUCAGCCCCUUUCUCAGACACACACACACACGCUGUCACACAGUUCAGUCAGUCUCUCCGCAGCGUUCGGCACCUCAAACUUUAUUUUCCGGCUCACGACUUUGGAAACCAGCAACGCUGCGAGCGGCCUGCUCGCUUCCUGCCGCCGCAGAGAACGCAGCCGGCUUACAGUGGCAUAAGAUAAAGGCCAUAGACACACUUCCUGUCACGCCUGCAGUCUUCUUAGUUUAAACCCAACCAAUGGAUCUUCUGAUGAGAACUUCGCUUUAAAGUACAAGGACUUCUAACUUCUAUAAAGCCGACUUUCUCCUCUACUCUGAGAAGGCAUGACAGGCAUGACAGACAUGACAGACAAAAAGCCAACCGUGCUGGUCCUUUCGCUCUGUCUGAUCGGCCUACUUUUACUGCUGUUCUUCUUUUACAAGAUGUUGAACAGGGAGGCCAAGGGCGAGUACACCGUGCGCCGCCUGGUGUAUAGGGAUGGAGGGGUCAGGGACCGGGUGAGAGGCGCGUUGUUGGCCCUGGGGACGCGCCUCGGAGUCCGGCUGUGGCCCUGGAGCGACGCCGAUGAGGAUGGAGAGGAGAUGCGGGAAGUGGAGGAUGAGGAGGGUCAGUUGGAGGAGGGGGGCAGCCAGUCGAGUGACAGCGAGGGGGACGGCGAGGAGGACGGGGAGCAGUGCAGCACGUCAAAGGGAGAGGAAGACGACGGACAUCGUAGCUCAGACUACGAGAGUUCGGAGGCCGGCGAGCCAGACAGAGUAACGGAUCAGGGGGAAGCAGGAGGGACGGGGGAGAAAGUGGGAGAUGGGGAAUGUAAAGGUGAGGCGAGUGGGGGAGCCGGGGUGUUGAUAGAUCUGAAGAAGUUCUCUGGAAGUGCCAUCUGGUCUGAGGAAGAGGGUGGUGGGCGCAUGCUCAGUGACGUGACUGCACUUUGAGAACAGGAUAAAACGAAAUAUCAAAUUACAGGGGUGGCUUCGGACGUAGCAGCCGACUCAGGUCUCGAUUCUCCUUCAUUAGAUGUUAAAAAUAUUGUGAAUCGGUUUUUUUUAAUUGUCAAUUGAGGUCUAAAUGAUGUUCCACCCCCCCCCUAAAAAAACAAGAGACGCAUAUUGAUAUGCAGGAGAACAAUGUAUUGCAAUUUGAAUGUGUGUAAAUGUUUACCUGUAAAACUUUUCAAAUUAACUUUGUAUCAUCGUCAGCAUAUUGCAUAGUGUUUAUUGUGGAUUUUUAAAACUUUAAAUGUCUAAUUUACAUGACAAUAAAAACUGACUGUGCUUGUAUCCUU